UGAUGAGUCAUGAUGUCCAAAACUUGCUAAAGGUGCACUAAUCAAUAUUUUUAUGACUUCAUGUAAUUUGAAAGUUGUAUCUGUAGUGAAGAACAAAGAAUUAGCACCCAACAGUUCCCCUUAGUUCUUCUAGAGUUUUUUUUUUUUUAAGCCUUUUUUAGCUCUUUGUUUUAGCCCCCAACCUACACUGUUACCACACCUCAUUUCCUGUCACAAGCCCUGAUAAACUAACGAUAGAGUACCUGCCCAGCACCAAGCUAAAAGAUGGACAAAGUUUGCAGCUGUCUGGUGAAAAUAGUGAAACAUUUAGCAGCUAAAUAACCUGCUAUUUCUUUCAGGUGUUGGUGGAGACCAAAACAGAGCUAAAACAGCAUGAAUUGUGGUAUGGUGUGGGACUUAAAUGUCCACGUAACAGCAGAGUUGACAUUUCCUCUGGAAAAGUUCUCAUUGUUUGGUUUAUUCCCUUAACUUUAAAACUGACAAGGCUUUUCAAAGUUAUUGACAGUGUGUAUUUUAUGUAGCUGUGGUUUCAGAGGGUCCCUGACAUCCCUGACAUCACUGGGAGUAGACCAGUUGGAUAAAGAACUGCACACACACACACGCUCACACAGAGAGAUACAGGCUGAGGUUAAGAAAACAUAGACAAGCAUCAGUAUUUUCCAGGGAGUAUCCAUUAUUUCUGGCUUGGGGUCUCUAAUGGUAUUUCAUUGUAAUUGCUAUGAUGUCAGAGUGUCCGUCCGCCCUAAUGGCCUUCUAAAAACAACAACAAGGACAGAUUGGUUCCAUUCACUGGUUGUUUGAGCAGAGAGACACAGGAGUCCAGCAGCUCAAAUCUCUGCAAGAUCUUCAGCUGAAAAGGUGAGGGGUAUUUUUUAAACAUACCUUAAGUAAGAUAGGACAUUUAUGUAGCAUUAGACUUUGACUAAAAAUUCAAUUUAAGAGACUUGAAGUGAUUUAGGGGCAAAAUGUGUAUAUAAUUAUGUUGGUAGGUUGCUUUACAUCACAUUCAGUGUAGUUUCAUAGCCCAUAGUGAUUGUACUCACAGUGAACACAGUGGUGUUAUUGAUGUCAGCUUUCCACAUCAUUCUGUUCAUGCAGAAAGUAUUUUUGUUUCAGUGUUAUGUUUCUUAUAAUGAGUGAAACAUUCUGCAGUCUAGCUGAGCUGAUGUGAUUCCAGUUGUUUCAGGACAGUUGAAGUGGUUUGCUUGGAAAUGUGCAGCAUAAUGAAGCAGAUACCUCUAAGAGCAUUAGGGAACUGACUCAAUUCUGAUUCAUGCAACAGAAAAUAAGUAACUAACAUAUCAGAUAGGUCAUUUAAUAUGGUUCUGUUUUAACACUGUUUAUCUAUUUAUUACAUUUUGGUUUGAAAGUAUAAUUUUUGACUCUGUUAUGUUGCCAGUGAAUACUUUCUUACAGUGGUGCUUUUGCCUGCAGUAGCAAAAAUAGACACUAGAGGGAGUUGUGAGUCAUGCUGAAUGUCACACUGUAAGGUGAUCACCUUCUCCUACAGAUGUCAGCUAUUGGCAAUAGAUUACCCACAUGUAAACAUUUAUCUAUUUUAAGAUACUAAACCAAACAUUUAAGUCUGUUUAGGUUAGUAGGAGUAAUAGUAGUAGUAGUAGUAAGUAAGUUAUUUUAAAUCCCAAUAAUUCACCGGUGAUAACAUUCAUUCUUUUUACUUAAGAAGAUAUUUGUUUCCUCACUAACAAUGUAAACCCACUCUUAGUAUAUCACACUUGUAGCUGGUGAAUAAUGGACAUCAGAGUUACUUGACUUAACCCUCUGUCUUAAUUUCACUCUCCAUCCAUCAUACCCAGCAUGCAUCUCCACCCGCUGUCCAUCACUUUCCUCCUCCUCCUGGUUGCCGAGGCAGCCGUGUGCGUUACCGUGACGACGACGACACUCCACGGUUUCCGAGGCUGCGCCGUGCGAGAGUUCUCCUUCGUGGCCCAGAAGCCUGGCUGCAAGGGGCUACGCAUUACCACGGAGGCCUGCUGGGGGCGGUGCCACACCUGGGAGAAACCAGUGCCGGAUCCCCCCUACAUCCAGCGACACCACCGUGUGUGUACAUACAGCCGUACCCGCCACAUGACUGCCCGGCUGCCAGGCUGCCAGCCUGAUGUCUCCCCUCUCUACCAUUAUCCCAUGGCCCUGCACUGCCACUGUGCCAUCUGCUCCACACAGGACACAGAGUGUGAGACCUUCUGAGGAACAGAGUAGCACUUUCAGUGUGUGUUUCACUGAUACGAACACACACAGAUUAAAAUAAUGCAAUCCAGAUAUAUGAGUGGCUGGGAGAUUUUCUGAGGGGUUAUGACAGCACAGCACUUUUAGCAAGAAAUGUUAGCAAGUUUAUAUUUUAUAACAGAAAAAGCAUUGAAGGAAGGACACUUGACAUCAACUAACCUAAAACUUAUCCCUCCAUGUGUAUAUCAACAUACAGUAUAGGUCUGUAUGUAAGAAGGAGAAAUAAAAAAAUUAAAAAAAGAAUAUCAAAAUAAGAGUUCUGUGAUUCUUUGCCAUGAUGUUAACAAAACUGAAUUUAAAAACAUACAGAUAAAGGCACUUUUUUGUUGUUCUGAAUUUGAAAUGAUAAGGUCCUUAAUUUAGGCCUAAUCCUGAGGCUCAAAAAUAGUUUUAUUGUACUACCAAAUUAAUACCUUAAUUACAUACAAGUUUAUCUUGUACUCACAUGGUGCAUAUUACUAUACAAAUCUGUGUAAUCAGUUUAUUUGAAGAUGAUGUGGCACAUACACAAUUCACAGAAAGAUGGUAGUGUUGAGGUCAGUAGAAACCCACAUCUUA